AUGAAGCAGUGGCCAGAGGCGCCAUUUGUGCGCUACCUAUCCAUGGGCAACUGCGAGACUCUCAUGGUCAACAACAUAGCUGCUUUCAAAGAGGUACAGCAAGCCAAAGUUUACUCUUUCAGAAAGUCGCAGCUUGCAGCCCGCAUGUUCUCCCCUAUCACUGGACAUGGACUCAUGUUCUCGGAGGGAGAGGAAAGAAAGAAGCAGCGCACUCAGCUGGCCCGUGCUUUUUCCAACCAGAACACACGCAAGAUGCUACCAGUAUUUCAACUGAAGGCCAACCAACUAUGUGGUUCCAUUAGCCAGGACCUCGGGGCAGAGGAGACCAAGGUUGUCGACAGUAACCCCCCCCCCCCCCUUCACCCUGGAUCAGCAGGUUCAGAACCCUUUCUCUUGGUACCAAGCUUACCCUCGCCCUUAGUUGAGCACUUCCUCAAAAAGUCCACCCUUGACGUCUUCGUCAUUGGCUCCAUCGGUUGCGACCUGGACAGCAUUUUCGUCCCCGAAGCCCACUUCUACGAGGUGUACGAGCGCAUCAUCCGUCAGCCGCCUUCAGGUCACGUCAUCACCUUCAUUGACGGCCACGUGCCCCUCCGUUCGUGGCUACCGCUGGCGAGUAACAAGAGAUGGCUGAAGGACGUUGCGCUUAUACGGGCGAUGCUACUUACUUGUGUAGAGAAUAGGCGCCACGAGAUGAUGGCGGAGAAGAAGCUGGGCCUCGAGGAUAAGACGGAUCGUCACGACAUCCUGACCUUCAUCCUGGAGGAUUGCCAGUUUGACGCCACCCAGACUAACUGGACUGACUUGGAGCUGUUGGAAUACAUGCUCAACUUCAUUGCUGGAGCCAUGCCAUUGAGAAACUUGGAACGAUACGGAGACGCUGACAUUAUGGCAGGCCACGAGACGACUGGAUCGACGACCAUGUGGGUUGCUCACGUUCUUGCCACGGUGCCCAAAGUUCAGGACCGCCUCAAGCAGGAGGUCCUCGGGCUCUGCGCCGGCAAGCCGCGGGACUGGAACCCGACAUACGAGGAGCUCGAGCAUUUGGUGUAUAUGAACCACUUUCUCAAAGAGAUACUGCGCUUCUACUCCCCAGGCAAGUCAUUUACACCACCGCGCUCCCCCUGCCGUCUCCCCCCCGCCAUCUUCCUCCCGCGCGAGGCCUCCGAAGAUGUCACGGUCUGCGGCACUUUCAUACCCAAGGGCACGCAAGUCACGCUCUGCCCGGCCGUCGCGCAUUUCAACCCGCUGGUCUGGGGCGAGACGGCCGAGGCGUUCGACCCGGACCGGUGGGCGGACGGGCGGGCGCCCGGGGACUCGUACGCGAUGGAGGCGUUCCUGCAGGGCCCGGCGGGCUGCAUAGCCAAGAACAUGGCGCUGCUGAACACAAAGAGCGUCAUCUUUGCCCUCGCGCGCGACUUCAGGUUCUCGCCGCGCCCCGGCUGGGACGGGCGACUGGAGCUCGCGAACCCCAACUUCACGCUGCGGCCGCGGGAGAGCCUGCGCGUCACGAUCGAGAGGGAGGAAGCCCGGCAGGUGACUUUGUUUUGA